AUGAGUGAAAAUACGUCUGAAGUCGAUCAAAUUCGACUUAAGCGUUUAGCAAAGCUUCAACAGCAACAGCAACAACAACAGCAACAACAGCAGCAACAGCAACAGCAACAACCACUCAAGGCAACUUCAUCCUUAAACAAGCCUGUCUUGCCAACUUUAGAAGAAACUACACCUAUUAAAAAGCCUACUCCUAAAAAAACAGUUAUUUCACCUACAUCCAUCACAAAAGUCGAGAAACCAACAUCAUCUGUAAAUACAACAACAGCCCCAGCCAAACCAGCCAAAAGCUUUGAAGACUGGCAAAAUGAUGUAAUUGCUCGAAUAUUGCAAGUGACAUUGAAGCCUGAGUCUAUGUAUCAGCAAGGGAAAUGUGUUUAUUUACGUGGACUGGUAGAAGAGUUGAUAGAAGAACAAGAACCUCAUCCAGAUAAAUUAUCUCAAAAGCACUUAGACCGCAUUAUCGUGGCCAGACUAUCUUUGGAUCCUAAUGAACUUCACGAAGAGCUCCCAAAGGAUAUUACAGAUACUCUAAACAUCACACACUUUGACUAUCUUUUAAACUGUUGGAAACAAGCUUAUGACAUUCGCAAAAAUACACUGAUCCGAAGCAAGGGCUUAGAAAAGGCCGUAUUAGAUCAGAGAUUAAGUGUCUUAGAUAGUGUACGACAACUUGUUAUAUCCUAUUCUGGACUUGUUAUUCAAAUGCCAGAUAUGUUUCCUCAAAUACAAAGUCAUAACCUUGGUCCUGCUCAGCUUAUACCUAGAAUUAAAGCUGGACUAGAUACAGCUGACGGUUUGCCUUCAGAAUAUAUUAAUGAGUUAGCAGUACGGUUCAAGGAAGAUGGCCUUGAUUUGAUUCUUGGACCCGCCUUGACUAGCAUUUCCACUGAAAUAGGCCGAUGCACCAUCAUUGACAAUUAUAAAACUUUGAUCCAAGCAAUAACUUGUUUAAGCGAAAAUAAGAUCAUUGCCACCAUGAUUACUUGUUUACCCGAGUUCAAACCUGAAAAUGUCACGGCAAAAAACAUUGAAGAUCUUUCGCUCCUCGGCCCUUACUUUAAACUGAGCGCAUAUCCUGAUCCAACAAACAAAGUAGCCGAGACUUAUUUUCAGAAUGCAGAAAAUAGAAACUCAGCGGACUUAGAAUCAUGCAAAAACGGCCUUCGCGGCAGUAAAAUCUUGUUUAAUGUAUGCAACUCUAUCGUGAGAGCAAAUCCUGAAGCAAGAGACAGACUCUUGGAUUAUUUUAGCUAUGCUAUUCAGCUCAAUGAAAAGAGGGCUCAGAUGCAAGUGGACCCUCAAACGGUUGCAUCAGACGGAUUUAUGCACAACAUCACGGGCGUUCUCCUGAUGUUUUCUGAUCCAUUUUUGGACGUGAGAGCAUCAAAGAUCGACAAGAUUGACUCUACUUAUUUCCGCACAAGCAAGCGAAUAAAUGUAGCCGAAGAUACUAAAAUCAAUGCUACAAAGGAACAGUCUGAUGCUUACUAUGGAGAACAACAAGAGCUGAAAAAUCACAACUUUAUUACCGAAUGCUUCUUUUUAACGCUUGCCUUUAUGCACUAUGGACCUAUUCGUGCCAUAGUGAACUAUGGUGAAUUUAUUCGAGAGUUUGGAGAGAUUAAGAAGCAGGCAGAAAGAGCUCAACAGGAGGCCUUACGCGCAGCUAAUACUCCUCAGGCAAUGCUGGCAGAUUUCGUUUCUAAAAGAAUGAAGGCAAAACUGGAGCAAAUGACGGCUUAUCGCUUAGGUUAUGAAACCAUGAUCUUGGACCCUUCCUUCCUCGCUGAAACCAUCAGAUUUUAUGACUUGGUGAUGGCAUGGUUGAUUCGUAUAGUUGAUCCUAAGCAUAAACAUCCCUGGGAAACUGUCCAUUUGCCUCUACCAGAACAAGUGCCCGAAAACUUUGCUAUGCUCCCAGAAUGGAUUAUUGAAGACAUUGUUGAACUUUAUAUCUUUAUCGGAAAGCAUGGUUAUGAAACGCAGGUUAUGCAUCAAUGCCCUCACGAUCAGUUGGCUGCAUUCAUCCUUACUUUUCUAAGAAAUACGAAGUAUGUCAAAAACCCAUACUUGAAAGCUAAGCUAGUGGAGGUUCUAUUCUUCUUCACCUUCCCUAUUGCCCGUGGGAUCCCUGGCGAACUAGAAGCCAUAUUAAACUCUCAUCCAUUGUCUCUAGAGCACCUUGUACCCUCUCUGAUGAACUUUUAUGUCGAGGUGGAGCAGACUGGGGCUAGUUCACAGUUUUAUGACAAAUUCAACAUUCGUUAUAAUAUCAGUCAUAUCAUGAAGACUCUCUGGAAUCACCCAGCCCAUCGCGCAAAAUUGAGAGAGGCAAGCAAAAAUUCAGAUACAUUUACACGUUUUGUCAAUAUGUUGAUGAGCGAUGUGACGUAUCUUAUGGACGAAAGUCUAAGCAAACUAGCAGAGAUUCAUCAGAUUCAAACAGAGAUGAGUAACCAAGCCGCUUGGGAAGCACAGACACCUCAAUAUCGUCAAGAACGCGAAGGCAAUCUUAGAUCACUUGAAAGACAAGCACAAUCCUAUGUUGCCUUGGGUAACGAGACGGUGCAUAUGCUUAAUUAUAUGACAGCCGAAGUUGUUCAGCCCUUCUUAGUCAAUGAGAUCGUUGACCGUUUGGCAGCCAUGUUGGACUAUAACCUCGUUCAGUUAGUAGGACCCAAAUGCACUGAGCUAAAGGUCAAGAACCCGGAAAGAUAUCACUUCAAUCCACGUAAACUGCUGUCAGAGAUCAUCGACAUUUACCUUCACCUAAACACGGACAUUUUUGUCGAAGCCGUCGCACGAGAUGGUCGGUCUUACAAGAAGGAGUAUUUCUCUAGAGCAGCAUCCAUCUUACAGAAGCACGGUUUAAAGCCCUUGGAUGACAUUCAUGCGCUUGAGCAGUUUGUCAACCGAGUAGAACGAGCUGUACAGACUGGAGUUGAGGAAGAAGAAGAAAUGGGCGAAGUCCCUGACGAGUUUUUGGAUCCUAUUUUCUUUACUUUAAUGGAAGAUCCUGUCUUACUGCCUACAUCCAACGUGAUUGUCGAUCGUAGUACUAUUCGUGCUCAUCUGCUCGGCGAUACCCGUGAUCCUUUCAACCGUAUGCCAUUGUCGAUGGAUAUGGUCCAACCAGCAACUGAGUUAAAGGAAAAAAUUGCUUCUUGGAAAGGCGAGCAAAAGAGUAAAAGAGGAGAAAAAAUGGACACAAGCGCAUAA